GUUACUGGUCUCCACCACCAAUCCUAUCUAUCUUCACUACUCUCCAUCCAAACUUAAACCCAUUCAUUUCCAUCCAAAAUAAACCAUUUUUUUCAAAUAAUUUCUCAUGGCAAGCACCUCAAAUUAAUAAUUAUUAUGGCAUCAAUAUCAACAUGCUUUACAAUUACACCUAAUUACAAGUCAAAACAUUUCCUUUAUUCUGUAAAAUCACACAAUUAUAAUAAUUAUUACAUUUUUUAUAAUAAUAAGCACUUUCUUAAACUAGGUAAACAGAACAGUAAUAAUAAUAAUAAUAGAAGAUAUUAUGUGAGUGAAAUUAGGGCUGGAUUUGAUGUACCGCCGGUGACCGGAAUUAGACCGGGAAAGAUAAUUGAGUCCGAUAAGUUGCCGGCGGAUGUACGGAAGCGGACGAUGGAAGCUGUAGAUAGUUCUGGAAGGAGAGUGACUGUUGGUGACGUGGCAAGUAAGGCUGGGAUUAAGUUGACUGAAGCUCAGAAAGCUUUGCAGGCACUUGCUGCUGACACUGAUGGCUUUUUAGAGGUGUCAGAUGAAGGAGAUGUUCUUUAUGUGUUUCCAAAAGAUUAUCGUUCAAAACUUGCAGCCAAGUCAUUUCGGAUAAAAGCGGAACCUGUUAUCGAGAAGGCAAAGUCCGGUGCUGAAUACUUGAUCAGGGUUUCUUUUGGAACAGCAUUAAUUGCUUCCAUUGUUAUUGUUUAUACAACAAUUAUUGCUAUUCUCUCAAGUAGUAGUGAAGAAGAUAAUCGAGGAAGACGCAGAGGAAGAUCUUUUGAUUCAGGAUUCUCUUUCUAUAUGAAUCCAGCUGAUUUGUUUUGGUAUUGGGAUCCAUAUUAUUAUAGGAGGAGGCGAGUUCGAAAAGAAGAUAAUGGAAUGAAUUUCAUUGAAUCUGUCUUUUCAUUUGUGUUUGGUGAUGGUGAUCCAAAUGAAGGUAUUGAAGAAGAGAGGUGGAAGUUGAUUGGUCAGUAUAUUGCGGCAAAUGGUGGAGUUGUUACGGCCGAAGAACUUGCUCCAUACCUUGAUGUAGAGUCUGCAGAAAAGACGGAUGAUGACUCGUACAUAUUACCUGUUCUGCUGCGUUUUGAUGGUGAACCAGAAGUGGAUGAAGAGGGGAACAUCCUUUAUCGGUUUCCAUCACUUCAACGUACAGCUGCUUCACAAAGAAGUGGUAGGAAGGAAUACGUUGGGAGAAAAUUCAGUGAAUGGGUGGGAGGAGUCGACAAGUUCUUCAGAGAAAAAAAUUGGGAUUUCAGUAAAAUUAGCAACACGGAGAGGGCGAUGGUUGGUGGUUUGGGCGCGCUUAAUCUCUUUGGGGUGAUUGUUCUUGGUACCAUGUUGAAGAAUAUGACGGUCUCUCCAAGCGGAUUCAUUUCAUUUGUAUCUGAUAUAUUUCCUCUUCUCCAGAUCUAUGCUGCCUCGUUCUUCGCUAUACCUUUGGUCCGAUGGUUCAUUACUCAAAGAACAAAUGCCAAAAUAGACAAAAGGAAUCGAGCUAGAGAGCAGCGGGCACGAGCACUUGAGAUGCCAGAUGUUUCCCUCAGACGAAAGAUUCUUAGUGCGCGGGACUUGUCUCAGAGAACAACGAUUGGCCAGGAUCGGAUCGUGUACACUACAGAAAGAGACAUAUUUGAACAAGAUUAUGACACACAGGAGUGGGAUAGGAGAUUUAAAGAAAUCGAGAAGUCUGAUUAAUCGAUGAUUAUUUAUACGGAUUACAAUUGUUAAAAGAAAAGUGAAGUAUACAGAUGAAUAGGUGUAUCUCGUAUGUAUAAUGUGAAGCAAGGUUGUGAGAUCGAGAUCUUAGUGGGAUUGUUUUCAUCUCCAAAAAAUCCUUCUCAAAUGUCAUUUCAUGUGUUGUAAUUCAUAUCAUAUACCUUUGUAUUGAAUUUUUUAUAGAAGGUUCAUAGUUUUGGAGUAUAAAAUUGUCAUUUCAUGAUUAUUUUUA